UGUUUCUCUUUCCAUUUCAGGAAUUCUAAUCUUUUUUCCUUUUAGACUGAUAUAUCAAAUCUAUCUUUUGCUUUGCUUUCAUUGAACUGUGUCACCAGUCCCAGUAUCUGCUGCAUAAUUCUUCUUUCCCUAGAAGAACAUCAUGGUGGUCAAGUACGAAACUAAUUGGAACUAAGAUUAGUGCUAAACUCUGUUGCCUGUUGGGUCAUGUCUAGCAAUCGGAUAGCUUUUUCCCCAGCAAAUUUCAUGCUCCAAUUCCUCAUGAAGAUCAUCAUCAACCCCAAAGUUCCACCAGUCAAAUGCUUCCAUCAUGCACACACCAAGACUUUCAUGGCGUUGCAUCAUUUCUGGGGAAGAGAUCAAUAUCGUUUUCUGGUAUUUAUGCAUGCGAAGAAGCAAACGGGGAGUAUGAUUUAUCAGAUGAUGGUUCACAGGCAGGAGAAAAGAAGAGGAGCCUUAACGUGGAACAAGUGAAGACUCUUGAGAAGAAUUUUGAGUUGGGAAACAAACUUGAACCCGAGAGAAAAAUGCAGCUGGCUAGAGCUCUUAGAUUGCAACCGAGACAGAUUGCUAUUUGGUUUCAGAACAGAAGAGCCAGGUGGAAAACUAAGCAACUAGAGAAAGACUAUGAUCUGUUUAAAAGACAGUAUGAGGCAAUCAAAGCAGUUAAUGAUGCUCUCCAAGCUCACAACCAAAAACUUCAUGCACAGAUAUUGACACUGAAAGGCAGGGAGCCGACAGAAUCCAUCAACUUCAAUAAAGACACCGAAGGUUCAUGCAAUAACAGAAGUGAAAACAGCUCGGAUGUGAAUCUGGUUAUCUCAAGGACGCCAUCAAUCGACAGUCAUCCAACAAGCAUAACCCUUUUCCCUACGACAUCCAUUAGGCCAACAGGCGGAGGCCUUGCGGUUGCACAGCUGUGCCAAACCGCAUCAUCGAGGGUCGAUAAUCACCUCCAGUGCCAAAAGAUGGAUCAGAUGGUUCAUCGGCAGCAUGUUCGGUAACAUAGAGGAUCAAACCGGGUUUUGGCCAUGGCUCGAACAACACAAUUUCAAUUGAUAAAUUUGGUAAUAGUACCACUUCCACCAUCUCCUCAAUUACAGAAAAGUUCUACAUAAAGAGGGCUCUAAGUAUCAUAUUAAGUUGCUAGUGAUGACUAGUCGAAUUGCAGCAACUGUAGCUGGCUUUGGAAUCGUGUUCUUUGCAAUGAAGAGAGAUGAGAUUGUAAUGAUUUUUGUACUUUUUGGUGCUGAUAAUGGUCAAU